AUGGCAGAAGGGGGAGAGGGAGAGGAGGAGAUCCAGUUCCUGCGAACGGAUGACCAGGUUGUUCUGCAGUGCACCGCCUCCCUCCUGAAGGAGCAGCAGAUCAAACUAUGUCUGUCCUGCGAGGGCUUCGGGAACCGUCUCUGCUUCCUGGAGACCACGUCCAACGCUCAGAACGUGCCCCCGGACCUGGCCAUCUGCACCUUCAUCCUGGAGCAGUCCCUGUCGGUGCGGGCUCUGCAGGAGAUGCUGGCCAACACGGUGGACAUGACUGAGACAGUCGAUUUGGACCAAUGGUCGUCCCAAGGUGGAGGUCAUCGUACUUUACUGUACGGUCAUGCCAUCCUCCUGAGACACCACCACUCAGGCAUGUACCUGAGCUGCUUGACGUCAUCUCGCUCCCUCACAGACAAGCUGGCCUUCGACGUGGGCUUACAAGAAGACUCCACUGGGGAGGCCUGUUGGUGGACCAUUCACCCAGCGUCCAAGCAAAGGUCAGAAGGUGAGAAGGUCAGGGUGGGUGAUGACCUCAUCCUCGUCAGCGUGUCCUCUGAGAGAUACCUGCACCUGUCGUACGCCAGUGGAGAUCUGAUGGUGGACGCCUCGUUCAUGCAGACUCUGUGGAACAUGAAUCCGAUCAGCUCAGGGUGUGAACUCGCUGAAGGGUUCCUGACGGGAGGUCACGUGUUGAGGCUCUUCCAUGGACACAUGGACGAGUGUCUCGCCAUCUCUACCCCAGAGGAGGGAGAGGAGAAGCGCAGGAUGGCUCACUACGAAGGUGGUGCUGUGUGCAGUCAGGCUCGAUCCCUGUGGAGGUUGGAGCCGCUAAGAAUCAGCUGGAGCGGGAGCCACAUGAAGUGGGGGCAGUCUUUCCGUAUCCGCCACAUCACCACAGGCCGGUACCUGUGUAUGGAUGAAGACAAGGGCCUGUCGGUGGUCGACCCAGAGAGGGCCAACACCAAACUCGCUGCUUUCUGCUUCCGGGCCACGAAGGAGAAGGUGGAGGUGGCUCAGAAGCGUGACGUUGAGGGGAUGGGCAUUCCAGAGAUCAAGUAUGGAGAGUCCAUGUGCUUCGUGCAGCAUGUGUCCACAGCCCUGUGGCUCACAUACGCAGCUCUGGAUGCCAAAGCUGCUCGCCUGGGGAUGAUGAAGAGAAAGGUCAUUCUGCACCAGGAGGGUCACAUGGACGAUGCCCUGACUGUGUCCCGCUCACAGGUUGAGGAGUCUCAGGCUGCUCGAAUGAUUUACAGCACCGCAGGUCUCUUCAGGCAGUUCAUCAAGGGAUUGGACUCUCUGAGCGGGAAGAGCAAGUCUCCGGGGGCUGUGUCGCUCCCUCUGGAGGGCGUCAUCCUCUCUCUCCAGGAUCUCAUCUUCUACUUUCGCCCGCCCGAGGAGGAGCUCGAGCACGAGGAGAAACAGACCAAGCUCCGCUCCCUCCGCAACCGUCAGAACCUCUUCCAAGAGGAGGGAAUGAUCACCAUCGUGCUGGAGUGCAUCGACCGCCUGAACGUGUACAACACCGCUGCUCACUUCUCUGAGUUUGCCGGGGAGGAAGCAGCAGAGUCCUGGAAGGACAUCGUCAACCUCCUCUAUGAGCUUCUGGCUUCUUUGAUCAGGGGAAACCGCUCUAACUGCGCGUUGUUCUGUGACAACCUGGACUGGCUGGUCAGCAAGCUGGACCGUCUGGAGGCCUCCUCUGGUAUUCUGGAGGUGCUGUACUGUGUGCUGAUUGAAAGCCCUGAGGUUCUGAACAUCAUCCAGGAGAACCACAUCAAAUCCAUCAUCUCCCUCCUGGACAAGCAUGGAAGGAACCACAAGGUCCUGGACGUCCUGCGCUCUCUCUGUGUGUGUAACGGUGUCGCUGUGAGGUCCAACCAGAACCUCAUCACUGAAAACCUGCUCCCGGGUCGGGAGCUCCUGCUGCAGACCGCCAUCGUGAACUAUGUCACCAGCGUGAGGCCCAACAUCUUCCUGGGCACCUGUGAGGGAUCCACGCAGUUUAAGAAGUGGUACUUUGAGAUGAUCGUGGACUACGUGGAACCGUUUGUCACGGCUCAGGCCACACACCUGCGUGUGGGCUGGGCCAUGACGGAGGGCUACAGCCCCUACCCCGGAGGAGGAGAGGGCUGGGGGGGCAACGGCGUGGGUGACGACCUCUACUCCUACGGCUACGAUGGACUGCAUCUGUGGUCGGGUACCGUUGCUCGCCAGGUGGCGUCGCCCACGGCUCACACCCUGGCUGCGGACGACGUGGUCAGCUGCUGUCUGGACCUGAGCGUCCCCAGUAUCUCCUUCCGUAUCAAUGGGUUCCCAGUUCAGGGCAUGUUUGAGAACUUCAACGUGGACAGUCUCUUCUUCCCAGUCAUCAGCUUCUCUGCUGGAGUCAAGGCUCGGUUCCUCCUCGGCGGCCGUCAUGGAGACUUCAAGUUCAUGCCCCCCCCCGGCUACGCCCCCUGCUACGAGGCUCUGCUGCCCAGGGAGCGGAUGCGCAUCGAACCCAUCAAGGAGUACAAGCACGACUUCAGUGGCGUGCGCAACCUGCUGGGUCCCACCCUGUCGCUCACCCACACCUCCUUCACCCCCUGCCCCGUGGACACCGUCCAGAUUGUGUUGCCCCCUCACUUGGAGCGCAUCCGAGAGAAGCUGGCAGAGAACAUUCACGAGCUCUGGGCUGUGACUCGUAUUGAGCAGGGCUGGACCUACGGGACCUUCAGGGACGACAAUAAGAAACUGCAUCCGUGUCUGGUGGACUUCCAGAGUCUUCCUGAGCCAGAGAGGAACUACAACCUGCAGAUGUCGGGAGAGACUCUGAAGACUCUCCUGGCGCUGGGUUGUCACGUCGGUAUGGGAGACGAGAAAGCAGAGGAGAAUCUCAAGAAGAUCAAACUGCCCAAGACCUAUGUGAUGACCAAUGGAUACAAGCCUGCCCCCCUUGACCUCAACCAUGUCAAACUGACCCCAAAUCAGAACCAGCUUGUGGAGAAACUGGCCGAAAAUGGUCAUAAUGUUUGGGCAAGGGACCGGGUACGACAGGGAUGGACCUACAGUAUUGUGCAGGACAUCAUGAAUAAGCGGAACCCUCGCCUGGUGCCUUACAACCUGCUGGACGAGAGAACUAAGAAAACCAACCGAGACAGUGUUAACAACGCUGUCCGCACCCUGAUUGGCUACGGCUACAACAUCGAGCCUCCAGAUCAGGAGAGCACCGGCCACGGUCUGGAGAACACCCGCGGGGACAAGGUCCGGAUCUUCAGGGCCGAGCGGUCGUACGCUGUCACCCAGGGGAAGUGGUACUUUGAGUUCGAGGCCGUGACCACGGGGGAGAUGAGAGUGGGGUGGGCACGUCCGAAUGUCCGCUCUGACACUGAACUGGGAGCAGAUGAGCUGGCCUACGUCUUUAAUGGCAAUAAGGCUCAAAGAUGGCAUGUUGGGAAUGACCCAUUCGGUCGCCAGUGGCUGUCUGGUGACGUAGUGGGUUGUAUGAUUGACCUCGUGGAGAUGAACAUCAUGUUCACGCUCAACGGAGAAAUGCUGAUCAGUGACUCGGGCUCUGACAUGGCUUUCAAAGAUAUUGAAAUUGGAGAAGGGUUCAUCCCGGUGUGCGCUCUGGGCUUGUCUCAGGUCGGGAGGAUUAAUCUCGGUCAGAACGUCAGCAGCUUGCGCUACUUCGCCAUCUGCGGCCUGCAGGAGGGAUUCGAACCCUUCGCCAUCAACAUGAAGCGAGACAUCACCAUGUGGUUCAGUAAAAGUUUGCCCCAGUUUGUGCCUUUGCCCACCGAUCACAACCACAUCGAGGUCUCACGUGUGGAUGGAACUGUGGACAGCGCCCCCUGUCUGAAGCUGACCCACAAGACCUUUGGCUCACAGACCGCCAACACGGACAUGAUGUUCCUCAGGCUCAGCAUGCCCGUCCAGUUCCACGAGACCUUCAAGGUCACAGCAGGAACCACCCCUCUCACCCGCAUGCUCACCAUCCCAGAGGAGGAGGUGGUGGUGAUUGAGCCCGACUCAGAGUUUGAAGUUUUGAAGAAGUCCGCCAGCCGCAAGGAGCAGGAGGAGGACAAGAAGGAGCCGUCUGUGCCCAAGGAAAUCUCUGUGGAAAAUGAGAAGGACUCAAUGUCAGAAAAAGGAAAGAAAAUGGGAUUUUUCUCCAAGGCUAAGAAGGCGGCCAUGACACCUCUCAACCCUCCUCCACCUCCAGCGGUGCCACGUUUGCCGGAGGACGUGGUCCCUGAUGACAGAGACGACCCUGAGAUCAUCCUCAGCACCACCACUUAUUACUAUUCUGUGAGGAUCUUUGCCGGGCAGGAGCCCACUGGUGUGUGGGUGGGCUGGGUCACUCCCGACUACCACCAGUAUGAUCCGACCUUUGACCUCUCCAAAGUACGCAGUGUCACGGUCACUGUGGGAGACGACAGAGGCAACGUACACGACAGUAUGAAACACAGUAACUGUUACAUGGUUUGGGGCGGAGACCUGGUCAGUAACCAGCAGACCCGCUUCAGUCAGGAGGACAUGGUGGUCGGCUGUCUGGUGGACCUGGCAACGGGUCUCAUGACCUUCACAGCCAAUGGGAAGGAGAUAAACACCUUCUACCAGGUGGAGCCCAACACCAAGCUGUUCCCUGCCGUCUUAGUUCAGCCGACCAAUCAGAACUUGGUGCAGCUGGAGCUCGGCAAACUCAAGAACAUCAUGCCCAUCUCGGCAGCGAUGUUCCGUAGUGAGCGCAACAAUCCCGUCCCCCAGUGUCCGCCCAGGCUGGACGUGCAGAUGCUGACCCCGGUUAUCUGGAGCCGUAUGCCCAAUCACUUCCUGAGCCCGGAGGUGGGCAAAGUGAGCGAGAGGCUGGGCUGGAUGGUGGAGUGCACUGAACCCCUCAUCAUGAUGGCCCUGCACAUCCCAGAGGAGAACCGGUGUAUUGACAUCCUGGAGCUGUCGGAGCGUCAGGAUCUCAUGAAGUUCCACUACCACACCCUCAUGCUCUACUGCGCCGUGUGUGCUCUUGGCAACAACCGAGUGGCUCAUGCCCUGUGCAGCCAUGUGGACGAGUCCCAGCUCUUCUACGCCCUGGAGAACACCUACCUGCCCGGGCCUCUCCGCAGCGGCUACUACGACCUGCUCAUCAGCAUCCACCUGGAGUCGGCCAAGCGGGCUCGGCUGGGCACCAACAGGGAAUUCAUCGUCCCCAUGUCCAAAGAGACUCUCAGCAUCCAUCUCUAUCCGGACACGAAGAAGGCGUACUCCCUCCCCGGGGUCGGCCUCACCACCUGCUUGCGGCCCAAGCUGCAUUUCUCGUCCAUCAACUUUGUCGGCACGGACCCUGAUCUGUACACGCUCAGUCCCGUCCUGCCUCUACAAGACCUGAAGACCAGGGCGAUUAGCAUGUUAACAGAAGCUGUGCUUGACGGUAGCCAGGCCAUGCGCGACCCAGUAGGAGGCAGUGUGGAGUUCCACUUUGUCCCGAUCCUGAAACUGAUUAGCACGCUGCUCAUUAUGGGCAUCUUCAACGACGAGGACACCAAGCACAUCCUCAAGAUGAUCGACCCCAAUGUUUUCAGGGGAAAGGAAGAGGGGGAGGAGGAGGAGGGAGAGAAAGCUGCUGAGGGAGAAGGUGAGAAGGCAAAGGAGGAGGAUGUGGAUGAAGAGGCUGACCUCGAGGACGAAGGGGUCGGCGAUGAGGACGAGGAGCUGAAAGACGAAGAGAAAGCUGAACGUGAGGGCGAAGAGGGUGAGCCUAGGGAGGAAGGAGAAGAGGGCGAGAAGGAGGGCAAGGCCUUAGUAGCAAAAGUUGAUGGAGAGAAGGCAGAGGAGGAGAAGGAGGCGGAGGCGGUGGAGGCAGAAGCAAAAGAAGAGGAGGAGGGUCUGGAUGAAGGAUUACUCCAGAUGAAGCUGCCAGAGUCCGUCAAACUGCAGAUGUGCACACUGCUGCAGUACUUCUGUGACUGCGAGCUGCGACACAGAGUGGAAGCCAUCGUGGCCUAUUCAGACCAGUUUGUCCAGGACAUCCAGAGCAACCAGCGCGUUCGCUACAACCUGCUGAUGAGAGCCUUCACCAUGUCGGCUGCUGAGACCGCACGCAGGACCCGCGAGUUCCGGUCUCCCCCACAAGACCAGGUUCUUCUGCUGACCAACUUUAAACACGGCCCAGAGCUCGAGGUCUGUCCAGUGCCUGAGGAGGUGCGAGACACUUUGGGAGAGCUCCACAACGACCUCCUGCUUCACUGCGGAAUACAGAUUGAGGAGGAGGCAGAGGAGGAGGAGGUGGACGCUUCACUGAGCGGCCGACUCCUCAGUCUGGUGGACAAGAUCCGGAGCCUGCGCAAGAGGAAGGAGGAGGAACAGCCAGAGGUGGAUGAGGAGUCAAAGCCCGGCACCCUGCAGGAGCUGAUCUCCCACACCAUGAUCCACUGGGCCCAGGAGUCCUUCAUCCAGAACCCUGAGCUGGUGCGUCUGAUGUUCAGUCUGCUCCACCGGCAGUACGACGGCCUGGGCGAGCUGAUCCGAGCGCUGCCCAAAGCCUACGCCAUCAACGCCAUCUCCGUCCAGGACACCAUGGACCUGCUGGAGUGUUUGGGGCAGAUUCGCUCGCUGCUCAUCGUCCAGAUGGGACCAGAGGAAGAGCGGCUCAUGAUCCAGAGCAUCGGGAACAUCAUGAACAACAAGGUGUUCUACCAGCACCCGAAUCUGAUGAGAGCUCUCGGGAUGCACGAGACCGUCAUGGAGGUGAUGGUCAACGUGUUGGGAGGAGGAGGAGACUCCAAGGAGAUUCGAUUCCCUCAGAUGGUGACGAACUGCUGUCGGUUCCUUUGUUACUUCUGUCGUAUCAGCCGACAGAACCAGCGCUCCAUGUUCGACCAUCUCAGCUACCUUCUACAGAACAGCGGCAUUGGCCUGGGUAUGCGCGGGUCCACCCCUCUGGAUGUGGCUGCUGCUUCCUGCAUCGACAACAACGAGCUGGCCUUGGCUUUGCAAGAGCAGGACCUGGAAAUGGUGGUGACGUACCUGGCGGGCUGCGGACUGCAGAUGUGUCCGAUGCUCCUGUCUAAGGGAUACCCGGACAUCGGCUGGAACCCCGGUGGAGGAGAGCGAUACCUGGACUUCCUCCGCUUUGCUGUCUUUGUCAACGGAGAGAGCGUGGAGGAGAACGCCAACGUGGUGGUGCGUCUGCUGAUCCGUCGCCCUGAGUGCUUCGGCCCGGCCCUGAGAGGAGAGGGGGGCAACGGUCUGCUGGCCGCCAUGGAGGAGGCCAUCAAGAUCUCUGAGGAUCCAGCAAGGGACGGGCCGACUGUCAAGAAGGACAGACGCUUCAUGUUCGGUGGUGAGGAGCAGCAUGAGGAGAACCGCCUGCAUCUGGGAAACGCCAUCAUGUCCUUCUACUCGGCCCUUAUUGAUCUGCUCGGCCGCUGCGCCCCCGAGAUGCACCUGAUCCAAGCUGGGAAGGGUGAAGCUCUAAGAAUCAGGGCCAUCCUGAGAUCUCUGGUGCCCAUAGAGGAUCUGGUGGGAGUCAUCAGCUUAUCUGUGCAGAUCCCUGCUUAUGGCAAAGAUGGACAGAUUAUUGAGCCCAAGAUGUCCGCCAGCUUUGUGCCCGACCACAAGGCGUCCAUGGUGCUGUUCCUCGACAGAGUGUACGGCAUCGAUAACCAGGACUUCCUGCUUCACGUCCUGGAGGUCGGCUUCCUGCCGGACAUGAGAGCGGCAGCUUCUCUGGACACGCUGGCAUUCAGUACAACCGAGAUGGCCUUGGCGCUGAACCGCUACCUCUGCUCAGCCGUCCUGCCCCUGCUCACCAAGUGCGCCCCGUUGUUCGCCGGGACGGACCACCGGGCCAUCAUGAUCGACUCCAUGCUCCACACCAUCUACCGUCUGUCCCGUGGCCGAGCCCUGACCAAGGCCCAGAGGGACGUCAUCGAGGAGUGCCUCAUGUCGCUCUGCAAGUACCUGCUGCCCUCCAUGCUGCAGCACCUGCUCAGACGCCUGGUGUUCGACGUGCCCAUCCUCAAUGAAUAUGCCAAGAUGCCUCUCAAGCUGCUGACCAAUCACUACGAGCGCUGCUGGAAGUAUUACUGCCUGCCUAACGGAUGGGCUAACUUCGGGGUGACCUCGGAGGAAGAGCUGCAUCUCUCUCGUAAACUCUUCUGGGGAAUCUUUGAAUCUCUGGCGCACAAGAAAUACGACGCCGAGCUGUUCAAGAUCGCCAUGCCCUGCCUCUGUGCGAUAGCUGGAGCCAUCCCCCCCGACUAUGUGGACGCCACCUACUCCGCUCACGUGGAGAAAAAGGCCUCCGUGGACGCUGAGGGCAACUUUGAUCCCAAACCAGUGGAGACCACCAACACCAUCAUCCCCGAGAGGCUGGAUACCUUCGUCAACAAGUAUGCUGAGCACACUCACGACAAAUGGGCUUUUGAAAAGAUUCAGAACAACUGGACCUACGGAGAGUUGCUAGAUGACAACGCCAAGACUCACCCGAUGCUCCGGCCGUACAAAACCUUCUCUGAAAAGGACAAGGAGAUCUAUCGUUGGCCCAUCAAAGAAUCCGUCAAAGCCAUGCUGGCCUGGGAGUGGACCUUGGAGAAAGCUCGGGAUGGCGAGGUGGAGGUGGAGAAGAAGACCACCACGCGCAAGAUCUCCCAGACGGCUCAGGCCACUUAUGAUCCCAGUCAUGGCUACAACCCUCAACCCAUAGACAUCACAGCGAUGGCCCUGUCCAGGGAGCUGCAGUCUAUGGCUGAACAGCUGGCUGAGAACUAUCACAACACCUGGGGCAGGAAGAAGAAGUUAGAGCUGCAGUCCAAAGGCGGCGGCAGCCAUCCACUGCUCGUUCCCUACGACACCCUGACGGCUAAGGAGAAGGCUCGGGACAGAGAGAAGGCCCAGGACCUGCUCAAGUUCCUCCAGCUCAAUGGAUACGCUGUGACCAGGGGCAUGAAGGACAUGGAGCAAGACAUCUCCUCCAUCGAGAAGCGUUUCGCUUACGGUUUCCUCCAGAAGCUUCUCAAGUGGAUGGACAUCGCUCAGGAGUUCAUUGCUCAUCUCGAGGCUGUGGUCAGCAGUGGUAGAGUGGAGAAGUCACCUCAUGAACAGGAGAUCAAGUUCUUUGCUAAGAUUCUAUUACCGCUGAUAAAUCAGUACUACAAGAACCACUGCCUGUACUUCCUCUCCACGCCUGCCAAGGUCCUGGGCAGCGGAGGCCAUUCCUCCAAUAAGGAGAAGGAGAUGAUUGCAAGUAUCUUCUGUAAGUUGGCUGCUCUGGUGAGACACAGAGUUUCUCUCUUUGGAACAGAUGCGGGGGCUGUGGUGAACUGUCUGCACAUCCUCUCACGAUCCCUGGACGCCAGGACUGUGAUGAAGUCGGGCCCUGAGAUCGUGAAGGCCGGUCUGCGUCAGUUCUUUGAGAGCGCUGCCGACGACAUAGAGAAGAUGGUGGAGAACCUGAAACUGGGCAAAGUGUCCAGUAGAAACCAGGUCAAAGGUGUGUCCCAGAACAUCAACUACACCACCAACGCUCUGCUGCCGGUGCUCACCACGCUGUUCGACCACAUCGCCCAGCACCAGUUCGGAGAUGACGUCAUGAUGGACGACUUGCAGAUAUCCUGCUAUCGUUUGAUGUGCAGUAUCUACUCCCUGGGCACGGUGAAGACUCCACAUGCAGAGAAGCAGCGACCGGCUCUCGGAGAGUGUUUGGCCCAUUUAGCAGCUGCGAUGCCAGUCGCCUUCCUUGAGCCGGAACUGAAUGAGUUCAACGCGUUCUCUGUCUACACCACCAAGACUCCCCGAGAGCGAACCAUUCUGGGUCUUCCCAGCCAAGUGGAGGAGCUGUGCACCGACAUCCCCGGGCUGGAGAUCCUGAUGAAGGAGAUCAACGACCUCUCUGAGUCCGGGGCUCGCUACACAGAGAUGCCCCAUGUGAUCGAGAUCACGCUGCCCAUGCUGUGCAACUAUCUCCCCCGCUGGUGGGAGAGGGGCCUGGAGAACUUCCCCGAGCAGGACGGCCAGCUCUGCACCUCGGUCACCUCCGAGCAGCUCAACCAGCUGCUGGGGAGCAUCAUGAAGAUUGUGGUGAACAACCUGGGUAUCGAUGAGGCCUCCUGGAUGAAGAGGUUGGCAGUGUUCGCCCAGCCCAUCGUCAGCAGGGCCAAACCAGAGAUGCUGAAGUCUCACUUCAUCCCCACCAUGGAGAAGCUGAAGAAGCGCACGGGGAAGGUAGUGGCUGAGGAGGAUCAGCUGCGCAUGGAGGGCAAGAUCGAGCUGGACAGUGAGAACGGGACCAUCCGGGACGAGUUCUCCGUUCUGUGUCGGGACCUGUACGCUCUGUACCCGCUGCUCAUCCGCUACGUGGACAACAACAGAGCGAGGUGGCUGACGUGUCCGGACCCAGAUGCAGAGGAGCUGUUCAGGAUGGUGGGAGAGGUCUUCAUCUUCUGGUCCAAAUCUCACAACUUCAAGAGGGAGGAGCAGAACUUCGUGGUGAUGAACGAGAUCAACAACAUGUCCUUCCUGACCGCUGACAGUAAGAGCAAGAUGAGCAAGGCCGGAGACGGAGAGUCCGGCGGCUCGGAGGAGGAUCGCACGAAGAAGAAGCGUCGGGGGGAUCGCUACUCCGUGCAGACCUCCCUCAUCGUGGCGGCCCUGAAGAAGAUGCUUCCCAUCGGACUCAACAUGUGCUCCCCUGCUGACCAGGAGCUCAUCAACCUCGCCAAGAUCAGAUACUCACUGAAAGACACAGACGAAGAGGUGAGAGAGUUCCUGCACAACAACCUGCAUCUUCAGGGCAAGGUGGAGGACCCUGCCAUGCGCUGGCAGAUGUCUCUCUACAAGGAAAUGUCUGGAAAGGCUGAAGAUGCAGAGGUGCCUGAGAAGGUGGUCAAAAGGGUCCAGGAGGUGUCUGCUGUCCUGUACCACAUCGAGGUGACCGAGCAUCCCUUCAAGUCAAAGAAGAUGGUUUGGCACAAGCUGCUGUCCAAACAGCGCCGCAGGGCCGUGGUGGCCUGUUUCAGGAUGACGCCGCUCUACAACAUCCCAAGUCACCGAGCGACCAACAUGUUUCUGGACGCGUACAAGCGCAACUGGUUAGAGACCGAGGGCUACUCGUUUGAGGACAAGAUGAUUGACGACCUAUCAAAAGCCUUGGAGGAAGAGGAGGAAGAGGAGGAGGAGACCGAGACAAAGCCCGACCCCCUUCAUCAGCUGAUUCUUCAUUUCAGCCGCACAGCUCUGACGGAAAAGACAAAACUUGACCUCGACCAUCUCUAUAUGUCAUAUGCUGAUAUUAUGGCAAAGAGCUGCCACAUUGGUGAGGAGGACGAAGGGGGAGAACAGGAAGGGGAGGAUGCAGCCUUUGAGGUGCAACAGACAGAGAUGGAAAAGGAGAUGGAGAAACAGAGGCUUCUGUACCAGCAGUCCCGUCUACACAACCGUGGGGCUGCAGAGAUGGUGCUGCAGAUGAUCAGUGCCUGCAAAGGCGAACCUGGAGCCAUGGUUUCUUCUACUCUCAAACUGGGAAUCUCCAUCCUCAAUGGAGGCAACAGUGCCGUACAGCAGCGGAUGCUGGAUUAUCUGAAGGAUAAGAAGGACGUGGGAUUCUUCCUGAGCGUUCAGGCUCUGAUGCAGACCUGCAGCGUUUUGGAUCUGAAUGCGUUUGAGAGACAAAACAAGGCUGAAGGACUUGGGAGACUUGGGAUGGUUUCAGAGGAAGGAACCAGUUAG